AUGUCCGACAUCAUCGAGUCCCUUAAAGACGUCGUCGAUCCUUCUCGGCGUGAACAGGCAACCACCGAGUCAUAUGAUCCUCACACCCGCGGGCCAUAUCCUGACCACAAGCCCACAACCGACAACAAUCCGGGGUCUCUUGCGGCUCCUGAAGCAUCCCAGCCUGCCUUGGAGAAAGCAGACCCAGCGCGGAAGGAACAGGCUGAUUUGAGUGAGACGGGCGCUAAAGAGAAAGAGACAAAGUAA